AUGGCUGCAUUUUCUUCUUCUAAGGCCAUUGUUGUGGGUUUGGCUCUGUUUGUACUCUUUAUGGGUAGCUCCAGGGCUCAACUUUCCAUUGAUUUUUACUCCGAAUCUUGUCCUUGGCUUUUCCCCACUGUGGAAUCUGUGGUUCAAUCUGCAAUAUCAAAAGAAGCACGGAUGGGUGCCUCUCUUCUGCGCUUAUUCUUUCACGAUUGUUUUGUUAAUGGGUGCGAUGGAUCAAUCCUUCUCGAUGACACGCCUUCGUUUACGGGAGAAAAAAGAGCAGCUCCAAAUUUCAAUUCUGUCCGGGGAUUUGAUGUGGUUGAUAAAAUAAAGUCCGCUGUGGAAAAUAUUUGCCCAAGUGUGGUCUCUUGUGCUGAUAUAUUGGCCAUUACUGCUCGAGACUCCGUAUAUAUUCUUGGAGGGCCUGUUUGGGAUGUCAAACUUGGAAGAAGAGAUGCUAGGACUGCAAGCCAGGCUGCAGCCAACAACAGCAUUCCUCCUCCAACUUCUAACUUGAAUGCUCUCAUUUCUAGUUUCAAUGCUGUUGGCCUUUCCACCAAGGACAUGGUUGCCUUAUCUGGUUCCCACACCAUUGGACAAGCAAGGUGCACCAACUUCAGAGCUAGAAUAUACAACGAAACCAACAUAGACACUUCAUUCGCUCAAAUGAGAAAACGUAACUGCCCAAGUGCCACUGGCUCAGGUGACAACAACUUGGCACCUUUGGAUCUCCAAACUCCUACUACCUUUGACAACAACUAUUACAAGAACCUUGUUAGUCGAAGAGGACUCCUCCAUUCUGAUCAGCAACUGUUCAACGGUGGAUCGACCGAUUCGAUCGUGACAACAUACAACAACAAUCCAAGUACCUUCAAUUCGGAUUUUGUCACUGGAAUGAUCAAAAUGGGUGACAUUAAGCCUCUCACAGGAUCGAAUGGAGAAAUAAGGAAGAACUGCAGAAGGGUGAAUUAAUUGAGGGUCUCUCAUGAUUUUUGCUUUACAUUGUAAUAAGCUAAGUGCUUGCUUCUCUUCUAUAUAGAGAUGUGUGUGUGUGUUUUGAAAUUCUAUGUUUGAGAUUUUUUUUUCUCCCUCUUUUUGAUGUCUUUUGUUUUGUUUUUGUUUUU